AUGGUUGGCUCCUUUAUCGGUCAAUCUCUGCCGUAUUUCAUUGGCCACUGGCUGUUCCACGCGCGUGUGCAAGCGUGGUUGGCUGAGCACCCACGAAACGCUGCUGUACUGCGAUUGGCUGAGGCCGGCGGCUGGUGGCAUCAGUACCGGGUCACGUUGCUGCUACGCUUCUCCCCGUUUCCGUUCCUCCUCUUCAAUUACGCUGUAACGGCCACUCGCAUCCAGUACGCGCCCUACAUCAGCGCAUCGAUGACUGCCAUGAUUCCCGAAGCCUUCUUCACCAUCUACUGUGGUCGGCUGAUCAGUGAUCUGGCGGAGGCCCACAAGAGGCACAUCACAGCGGUGGAGCUGGUGUACGAGCUGAUGGGGUUGGCAGCAGCAGGGGUGGUGCUGCUGCUGCUCAUGGUGCAUGGCAAGAGGGCCCUGCAGCAGUUAGAGGAGGAGGAGAGAGCCAAGCAAAAGGGGCUUGAGAUGGAACAGGUGGUUUGUAUAGGUGCCAAUGGGGCGGGUAUGGUGGAAAAUGGUGCUGCUGUUGCGUUUGAUGGGGUGGAAGUGCCUGCUGCUGAGGUGGCACUUAUUGCUGAUGACUCUCAGAGUGCAUCUGGGAGGGAUGGAGUAGCUCAGCAGGGGAGGCAGGCUUAUUGUCAAAGCAUUCAGGUGGAUUUCCCUCUGGAUCUCGAUGGGUUUGAUGACUUCACGUUGGCUUCACCAUGGGAGAGGUUCAUCGCUGCAGUGGAAGGCAGUCUGCGCCAGUGGCUGUCGGAAGGCUCUGCGGCCCUCGUGCAGUCAGGAGCAGCGCGGCCAGUGGAGGGAAUGCCGCUGAUGGUGUAUGUGGAGGCGGAGCACGCGCAGGGCCACAAGAACUACCGCCUCACCUACUACUUCCAGGUGUCACUGGCGAGCAGCAACAGCGUGCAUCCGACGGUGGCGGCGGAGACAGCAGCAGCACUGAAGCGCAUUGCGUCCAUCUCCGCCACGGGCCGCCCCAGCCCCUGGGAGAAGGCCGUGCACCCGCUGCAGCUCUGGUUCGGCAUCCAAGAGUUUGUGGUGCUGGCACCCGUGACAGCAUCUGGGGUUGUGCUGGACUCGCCUGAAGCCUCCAUGCUCCUUAGCACGCUCGCCAUCGCCUCGUGUAACACCGAGUGCUCCCUGCCAUCCUUCGUCCCGGUACACGACCCCUCCCGCAAGGCCUUCAUUGGCUUCCAGCACGGUCCCCGAGCCACCCGCACUGGUGCGGGCUCAGGCUCGGGCCGAGGCAUGCGGUCAGGUCCGGGCGCGGGAGGAGGCACGGUGGGAGGGGUGGGCGCGGGGGGCGUGGGCGACUACCUGUUUCACUACGAGGCGGACCGCAUCACCAGCAACGUGCCUCAGAACCUGCUGUCUCUCGACGGCCUUUACUACCUCUUUGCGUUCAAGCUGAUAGCAGAGCUCCCCAGCACCGUAGCAUCAGUGUCCCCUGACGUCACCGUGGCCAUGCGCAUCCGCUACCGCCUCCGCUACUGGGGCUCCCCGGACGCGCCCCCGCCCUCCAAGACCCGCCCAGCAGAAGCAGGCGCAGGCGCGGGGAGCGAGGAGGGCGCAGGCGCAGGGGUGGAGGAGGAGGACGAGUUCUGGGGGCAGGAGAGGGCGUGGGACGAGGGCAUGGCGUGGAGUGUGUGGCACUCGGUGGACGAUCCGGUGAAGGGGUUUGAGCUGGUGGCCACGUGGAAGGAGCUCAGGGCGAGUAGUUCGUCAGGCAUGGCCCAGAUGGAGCAGCUCGAUGCCACUACCGCGGAUGAGUGGCUGCUGCGCGCACUGCUCGCCCCCACCAGGACUGACUUUGACAGUGACGACCCCCCUCAGGGCUUUGCUGGACGGCUGCAUGCACUGCUGGGGGCGUACGUGGUGUCCACCACAGGCCAGUACAUGGAAGACUUUAUAGCGGCUCAGAACUUUGCGCGGCGCAACAACAUGACCAUCCCGCCGCCCAGUGUCAUGGAGCGAGUGGUCAAGGACCUCUUCCACUCCAAGGAGGCGCUGGCGUCAGUGGCGAAGUACAUGGGGAAGGCGUCAGAACAGCAGGAGGCGAGCCUGCUGCCUGACGCUGACCGUGGCACCAUCACCACCGCCAGCAGCGUCAUCAGCAGCAUCAGCGCCACCGACACCAGCGCCACUGGCAGUGGGGUGAAGGGUCCCGGGGGAGAGGGAGCAGCGGGGGCAGGAGCGGAGGGAGGCGGAGCAGAAGGUGCAGGGGGAGAAGGGGUGGAGGAGAAUGGGCUGAGUGGCAAGUUCAAGGGGGUGACGCACAUUGGCAAGGCUGCGCCGGUGGAUUCGCUCUUUUCCCGCCUCGCUCUGCAUGUGCUGCGCUUUGGCACCUGCAACAUCAGAUGUGAGCCACCCCCGCCCGCCUCGUCCAUGCCACCUGUGGCCUCGGGUAUCUUUCGCUUGCUCUUUGAAAACCCUUCCUUUCCUUUUCCCCUCAUGUCCCCCAGCCGUGGCUGGAAUUUACUCGCGAGCUGCGGUGAAACUGCCACGGGAGAGGAGGCGGCUUGUGCAUAUGAUGCGGCUGUGAUCAAGAGGGAUGGCCCAGAUGCCAUGAAUAACGCUACUAUGACACUUGCCGCGUCCCCUCUCAUUGCUCUCUCAUCCCUAACCCUCUGCCCCCUUGCACUCCCUUCUGGCCCUCUUUCAGCUGUGGCGGCGCUGUGGCUGGAGUUCACGCGUGAGCUGAGGUGGAACUGGGAGCAGGCGCUGCCCAUCCCUCGAGUCAUUGCAGACGGGCCUCCCAACACCGCCACCUGCCUCAUCCACCAGAAGCUGCAGCUGCUGCAGGAGUGCAUUAAGCGGCGGCGCAAGCAGCAGGAGCGGGAAAUGGAGGAGCGCAUGCGUCACGCCGAGCGCAUGCACCAAAUCGCCGCCGCCAAGCUUGUAGGCGAGCGCGUGGAGGAGCUUGUAAGGGGUACAGCACUCGACGACGGCCCGGCUCGCGCUGACUCGCCGCCAGGGAGGGGCGGCAGGAGGCGAGGCAGCAGGAGGGAGAGGGGAGGGAGGGGGAGUGACAGGAGGGGUGGGAGGGAUGAGGAGGAGUGGGAGGGGAUGGAUAGGUCUGGGAGUGAAGGAGGCGGCUGGCAUGAUGGAAGGGCGGGCCGGGGGCGGGGAGGACGCGGGUGGGACGAUGGCGACGGGGCGAGCCCGUACCACGACGACAAGACGGCCUCGGGGGACUCGGACACGCACGGGUCGCACGACGUGGCGUUCUAUGAUGAGGGGGGUGUGGCUGAUGGCGACUCGCCUUCCCACCGCAGCGAAGAGGACCUUGAUGAAUAUUUCAGCGAGAGCGACGUAUCGGACGACGACACCUGGGCGGAGAGGGGCCGCACGAGCCACGGCCUCACGGGGGCGAUGGCGAGGGGGCGGCGCCGCGUGCGGAGGCGGGGGGUGGUGGGGCCGGUGAAGGGAGACAUGUGGCUGCUGCGCGUGAGGCGGCGCAUGCUGGAGCCUCACACACAGGACCCGGUGUUCAUGAGUGAAGAUAUGAUCGAGGAGAAGGAGCGAGCCAUGGAGGCUCUGGGGAGCACGCCUGCGGGGCGUGAAACUCGAGCUCGCAUGCAGAGUGACGUUGUUGCUUCAGACAUGUCGGCGUUCAAAGCUGCAAACCCCGGGGCAGUGCUAGAGGACUUUGUGCGCUGGCACUCGCCCAACGACUGGCUGCCAAUCACAAGCGCGGAUGAGGGCUCUGAUGACGUGGAUGAUUACGAUGAUGAGUAUGACGAUGGUGGUAGGCGGUACGGGAGGGAAGAUGAUGAUAGGUACGGCCGGGGCGACCGGUAUGAGGAUCGGGAGGACAGGUACAGAAGGGGAGGAGGCAACAGGUACGGAAGGGGAGAGGAGGAGCGGUACAGGAGGGAUGAUAGCCUGAGGGACAGGGAUGAUAGCUUUAGGGACGCGAGUGGGAGGUUCAGUGACAGCGGGAGGUAUGGGGAGAGCGGGAGGUAUGGUGAUGAUGAUUAUUCAGACAGGGAGAUUGAUAGGGAGAGGGAGCGAGAGAGGGAGAGGGAGAGGGAGAGGGAGCGAGAGAGAGGGCGUGACACAGAAGAGAGUGACAUUGACAGGGAGGUGGAUAGGAAGGCUGGUGGCAGGGAUAGGAGCAGGGAGAGGGAGAGGGAGAGGGAGGAGGGCAGAGAGUAUGGUGGCGGAGGCAAGAGUUCGAGGGAAGGGGACUCUGAUUUAGACCCGGAUGGAACCCGCGGUGGGAACGAGGAGAAGGAGAGCUCUCCUUCUCGCCGCCGCAGCAGCAGUCCCGGGAAGGACAAGGAGGAAGAAGAUGAGUUUUUUGAAGCAGCUCAGGAAGAGAAGUCUGGAGAUACGGUGGCUGGUGAGGGGCAGGCAGCAGGGGCGGGUGGAGAUGCUGGGAAGGAGGAUGGCGUUGAGAAAGUGGAGGAUGGGGAGAAGGGAGGCGAGGAAGAGAAGGGUGAAGAGGUAGGGGAGAGUGUGGCGGAUGGUGGGAAAGGAGUGGAGAAGGAGGGUGUGAAAGAGAUUGAGGUUGAGGGUGGUUCAGGGGAUGAGCCGAGGGUGGAAGGGAGUAAGAAAGCUGUGGAGAAAGGAGAGAGGGAGGAGGACAGGGACAACAGCGAUAGGGAGAGGGAGAGGGAUGAGAGCGAUAGGGAGAGAGGUAGGGAUAGGGAAGCGCUCAAAGGGAGGGAGGAGGAGAGGGAGAGGGAGAGGGAGAGGUACCGAAGCCCAGAACCUGACAGUGACCCAGAGAGGGAGAGGGAAAGGGAGAGAGAGAGGGAGAGGGGAAGGGGCAGGGGGGGCAGGGGGCGAGAGGACGGGGAGUACAGUGACGACCGCGAGGAGUGGGACGAGUUUGGCGAGCGGCGCCGCGGCCGAGACAGGCGCGACGACCGUGACGACCGUUACCGAGACGACCGGGACCGGGAUGAUCGUGAUGAUUAUGACGAGCGCGACUGGAGGGACGAUGACGUCAGGAGGCGGGGCGGGCGGCGGGACAGCGAGGAGCACGAGCGUGGCGGGCGCAGGGGCGGGAGAGGGAGAGGGGGCGGCAGUGGGAGAGGUGCUGGUGGGGCCGGUGGGAGCAGGCGGCGGCGGCACCGCGUGGAUGGGUCGGGGUGGCCGCCGAGGGGCCGGCUGUCGGAGCGCAUGGAGGAGGUGCAUGGCAACCUGUGGCGCGAGCUGUGGGACAGUGCUGAGCCUGAACCUGCUCAUGAGCAGAGGCCUAUUUUCCACUUCGACCUGGAGGGCGAGAAGAUCCUGAUCCUGCACCACUUAGACACAGUGGUGCCGGAGGAGCUGACGGGGCAGCUUGUUGCAACGCAGACACUAACCCUCUGCACUCCCCCCUCUCCCUUCUUUGCCCCACACCCUCCCGUCCCCCAUCGCACCCUUCUCCACCCCCCGCCACCCCAUCAGAUCCUGCACUAUCUGGACACGGUGAUCCUGCACUACUUAGACACGGUGGUACCGGAGGAGUUGCUGGGGCAGCUGCUGGCGACGUGCUUCUCGUCGGCUGUGCUGCUGUUGGGUCGCGACCAGGGGGGGCGAGAGGAGCCGGUUGCGGAGCAGAGGCAGCGCGUGGCGGGCAUGGUUUCCAGCAUGUGGCAGUGGCUGGACGAUCGUGAGUCAUGGGGUUGCUCCGACGAACGAGUCGAAGACUUGGAGGUGCUGCUGAGGGCGUUCACGCGCAUGGAGGCCACAGCCAUGGUGGCGGCGUCACUGUGGAAGCGCCUGCAGGGCUGCUCACGGCUGGUGGCCAAACUGCUGUCCGAAAGGGCCCUCAACGCCACUGAUGUGCCGUCUGUGCGCCUGCUGCCCGCUCCCAUCCGUCUUCCGCAUCUGCCUGAGCCGGACAGCCGAACGGAUGAAUGGCGGGUCGUGGGCAGGCUAUGGCAGGAGAAGGAACCUUCGGGCAGCAGCAGCAGCGACACCACUGGAGCAACCAGCAGCACCCCUGGCAGCAGCAGCAGCAGCUCCUCUGCUGCUCCCCCACUCCCCCCUGCUGCCGCCAAGGCUUCUGGCGGGGGGCGACGCAUGGGGAACCUGCUUUACAGGCACGAGCCCACAGAGCGUGAGGUUAUUUUCACAUCGCCAGCGUUUGUGAUUUUCAACACGGUGGACGAGGAGGAUGCGGCGACGGGCGCUGUGGCGUCGAGGGACUCGGUGGAGAUUGUGAAGCACCAGCUGUAUGCCAAGGCAAGCUUGGAUGACCUCACUCUUGCGCUCAAGGUUGCUGCGCAGGAGUAG